GGGGCAGGUUCUGGGGGUGAAGAUUGGAGCAGAACCCGGGCCAGGUGGUGGGGGUGAGCGGGGCCGGCGGGGCUGGACAGCUGCGGGCCCGAGGCGCGCUCCGGGAGGAGCCCUGUCCACGACCCAGGAGCCCAGCGCUGCCAUCGAGAUGGGCCCUCCGCGGCACCCCCAGCCCGGCGAAAUGGAAGCGGGAGGUGCGAGUGGCGGGCGGCGGCUGCAGGUGGAAAUGAGUUCUCAGCAGUUUCCUCGGUUAGGAACCCCUUCCACUGGGCUAAGCCAGGCUCCUUCACAGAUUGCGAACAGUGGUUCUGCAGGAUUGAUAAACCCAGCUGCCACAGUCAACGAUGAAUCUAGUCGAGAGGCUGAAGUCACUGCCAGGGAGCACAUGGGUUCCAGCAGCUCCCUACAGUCCCGUGAAGAGAAGCAAGAGCCUGUUGUGGUAAGGCCCUAUCCACAGGUGCAGAUGUUGUCUACACACCAUGCUGUUGCAUCGGGCACACCCGUCACAGUGACAGCCCCACCAGCACAUCUGACGCCAGCAGUGCCACUCUCCUUUUCGGAGGGACUUAUGAAGCCGCCCCCGAAGCCCACCAUGCCUAGCCGUCCCAUUGCUCCUGCUCCACCUUCUACCUUGUCACUCCCCCCCAAGGUUCCAGGGCAGGUUACCGUUACCAUGGAGAGUAGCAUCCCUCAAGCUUCAGCCAUUCCUGUGGCAACAAUCAGUGGACAACAGGGACAUCCCAGUAACCUGCAUCACAUCAUGACCACAAAUGUACAGAUGUCUAUUAUCCGCAGCAAUGCUCCUGGGCCCCCUCUUCACAUCGGAGCUUCUCAUUUACCGCGAGGUGCAGCUGCUGCUGCUGUGAUGUCCAGUUCUAAAGUAACUACGGUCCUGAGGCCGACUUCCCAGUUGCCAAAUGCUGCUACGGCUCAGCCAGCAGUACAGCACAUCAUUCACCAACCAAUCCAGUCUCGUCCACCUGUGACCACCUCUAAUACCAUCCCUCCUGCUGUGGUAGCAACUGUCUCAGCCACCAGAGCUCAGUCUCCAGUCAUUACUACAACUGCAGCACAUGCUACUGAUUCAGCACUUAGUCGGCCAGCUUUGUCUAUCCAGCAUCCACCAUCUGCAGCAAUUAGUAUUCAGCGUCCUGCCCAGUCACGGGAUGUAACAACAAGAAUCACACUGCCGUCUCAUCCUGCAUUAGGGACGCCAAAACAACAGCUUCAUACCAUGGCACAGAAAACUAUCUUCAGUACUGGCACACCGGUGGCUGCAGCAACAGUAGCACCUAUCUUGGCAACCAACACCAUUCCUUCAGCAACCACGGCCGGAUCUGUGUCACACACACAAGCUCCCACGAGUACAAUUGUUACCAUGACAAUGCCCUCACAUUCAUCCCAUGCUACCGCUGUGACCACCUCAAACAUCCCAGUUGCUAAGGUGGUGCCGCAGCAGAUCACACACACUUCUCCUCGGAUCCAGCCUGAUUACCCUGCAGAGAGGAGUAGCCUGAUUCCCAUUUCAGGUCAUCGGGCCUCUCCAAAUCCUGUGGCCAUGGAAACCCGAAGUGACAAUAGACCAUCUGUUCCUGUUCAGUUCCAGUACUUUUUGCCAACAUACCCACCUUCUGCAUACCCACUGGCUGCGCACACUUACACCCCAAUCACCAGCUCCGUGUCCACCAUCCGACAGUAUCCAGUUUCCGCUCAGGCUCCAAACUCUGCCAUCACAGCUCAAACUAGUGUUGGGGUGGCAUCCACCGUCCACCUAAAUCCCAUGCAGUUGAUGACAGUGGAUGCUUCUCAUGCUCGACAUAUCCAAGGGAUCCAGCCAGCACCCAUCAGUACACAGGGGAUUCAGCCAGCACCCAUCGGGACUCCAGGAAUACAGCCAGCACCAAUGGGCACACAGGGAAUUCACUCAGCAACCCCAAUAAACACACAGGGACUUCAGCCUGCACCAAUGGGUACUCAGCAGCCUCAACCUGAAGGAAAGACUUCAGCAGUGGUGUUGGCAGAUGGAGCCACAAUUGUAGCCAACCCUAUUAGCAAUCCAUUCAGUGCUGCUCCAGCAGCAACAACAGUGGUGCAGACCCACAGCCAGAGUGGUAGCACCAACGCUCCAGCCCAGGGCUCAUCCCCCCGGCCAAGUAUCCUCCGGAAGAAACCUGCUACAGAUGGAAUGGCAGUUCGGAAAACCCUCAUUCCUCCUCAGCCUCCUGAAGUGGCUAGCCCUCGAGUGGAGAGUUCUAUGCGGAGUGCAUCCGGGUCACCUAGGCCUGCAGGUGCCAAGCCUAAGUCAGAGAUCCACGUAUCAAUGGCCACUCCAGUUACUGUGUCCAUGGAGACUGUGUCCAGUCAAAAUAAUGAUCAACCCACCAUUGCAGUCCCCCCCACAGCUCAGCAGCCUCCACCGACCAUCCCAACCAUGAUUGCAGCCGCAAGCCCCCCAUCACAGCCAGCUGUCGCCCUUUCAACAAUUCCCGGAGCGGUCCCCGUCACUCCCCCCGUCACUACCAUUGCAGCUGCCCCUCCGCCAUCAGCUGCUGUAGCUGGCAGUCUCUCCUCUGUGUUGGGCCCUCCAGUACCUGAGAUAAAAGUUAAAGAGGAAGUGGAACCAAUGGACAUCAUGAGGCCAGUCUCUGCAGUUCCUCCCCUGGCCACCAGCACUGUGUCUCCGUCUCUUGCAUUGCUGGCUAACAACCUGUCCAUGCCUACAAGUGACCUACCACCUGGUGCCUCCCCAAGGAAAAAGCCUCGGAAGCAACAGCACGUGAUUUCAACAGAAGAAGGGGAUAUGAUGGAGACGAACAGCACUGAUGAUGAGAAGUCCACUGCCAAGAGUCUUUUGGUGAAGGCAGAGAAACGCAAGUCUCCACCCAAGGAAUAUAUUGAUGAAGAAGGUGUGAGGUAUGUCCCAGUGCGUCCAAGACCUCCCAUUACUUUACUCCGUCACUAUCGGAACCCCUGGAAGGCUGCUUACCACCACUUUCAGCGGUACAGUGAUGUCCGGGUUAAAGAAGAAAAGAAAGAAAAAUUCCUUGAAAACACAAACUGCCAAAACUUAACCAGAAGCAAAUAGACAAUCUGGUUAGUCCCAUAACCAAUGAAUAAAUUGAACCCAUAGUUUUGAAGCUUCCAAACAAAUCUCUAUUUUCAGAUACUUUUAACUGGGAAAUUCAACUAAAUUUUUAAAGAGGAAUCAACAUCAGUUCUCUAUAAUCUCUUCUAAAAUAUAGGAGGAAACAUUUACAUAUUGAUUUUACGAAGCCAGUGUUUUCCGGACACAAAAAUCAGACAAGGAGAGUACAAAUAUAGAAAACUAAUUAUCAGUAUUCUUCAUUAAUACAGAUCCAAAAUUUUUAACAAAAUGUUAGGAAAUUAAAACAGCAACAUAAAUAGCCGUUUAUACCUUGAUUGAGUGGGGUUUGUGUCAGCUAUGCAAGGCUGGGUCACCAUUUGAAAAUCAGUGACUCACCAUUAUUAACAAAGUGUAUUAAUUUCCUAGGGCUGCUGUAACAGUACCACAAACUCAGUGGUCUAAAAUUACAAAUUUAUACUCUUGGAGUUCUAGAGGCUAGAUGUCCAAAAUUGGUGUUUGCAGAAUCGUGCUUUCUCUGAGGGCCGUAGAAGAGAAUCCUUCCUUGCUUCAUUUUAGCUUCUGCUACUUGCCAGCAGUCGUUAGUAUUAUUUGGCUUGUAACUAUAUCAUUCCAGUUUCUACCUCCAUCAUCACAUAGCAUUCUUUCCUGUGUCUCAUCUCCUUCUCUACCUCUUACAAGGACAUCCGUCAUUCUUUUUGGGCCUUCUCUAAUUCAGCAUGACUACUUCUUGACUCGAUUACGUCUGCAAAGGCCCUAUUCCCAAAGAAGGUCACCUUUAUAGGUACAAGGGUUAGAACUUCAGCAUGUCUUUUGAGGGGACACAGUUCAACCCCUAGCAAAAACUAAAGAAGAAAAACAUAAUGAUAUCAACUCAUGCAGAAAAACUAUUUGACAGAAUUCAACACUUAUUCAUAAUCUCUCCAAAACAGAGAAGGAAGACUUCCUUAACUUGAUAAAGUCUUCAACAACCUACAAGUAACAAAUAUACUUAACAAUGAAAGACCAAAUGCUUUCUACUCUAGCCAAAAGACCAGGCUGUUGUCUGGUCUCUCUCUCACUGCUCUUACUCAGCAUUAGUACUGGAAGUUCUAAACAACAUGUAAGUCAAGAAAGAGACUAAAGACUGUAUGGGUUGGGUGGAAAUAAAUAAAAAACUGCCUCUAUUUGCAAAUGACAUCACUGUCUAUGUAAAAAAUCUGAAGGAUUCCACCAAAAAAAAAAAAAAAAA